UUAUUUUACUCAAAGGUGGUCUAGCAUCUACAGUCAUACUAAACACUUAUGGUAAAUGAAGUCAAAAGAAGUAAAUACAAACCCCGCAGAAAACAGACAUUAAAAUGCGCCCUUCUUCUAAUGUUAAUGCGUUUGUACUUUCUCAUGAACUUAAAAAAUAGAAACAAAUUGACUGUGGCAUGUGCAAAAGUUUGGGCAUCCCCCUUUGGCAGUUAUCACCACUUGAAAAUGCUUUUAGUAGCAGCUGAGAGUCUUUCUGUUGUUGAUUUAGGAAUUUUCACCCACUCUUCCUGCAGCUCACUUCAAGAUAUUUUUGGGCUGUCUUGCAAACACAGCAUGUUUAAGAUCUACCCACAGAUUUUUCAUUGAUGUUCCAGUCAGGGGACUGUGAGGGCCUUUCCAAAAGCUUCAGCUUGUGUUUCUAAAAGUAGUUCACGGUGGAUUUUACAGUCUGUUUUGGAUCAGUAUUGUAGAAGCCAACUGAAGUCAGUUUCGGGUUCCUGACUGACAGCAUGACGUUUACAUCCAGAAUUUGCUGAUAGUGGAAUCCAUUAUUCAUAUUUUCUGUGCUGUUUCCUGUGUCACUGGCUCCUACACAACCCCAAAGCAGAGUAUUUCCACUACCGUUAAAAGUUGUUAAGGGGGUAGUUACUGACUGUAGGUAGCCUAAACUUUUACACGUCACAGUUAGUUUAAUUUGUUUCUGUUAUUUGAAAUAAAAAGUAAAAGUGCAUAUUUUGAGGAAAGAUUCACUCUUAAUGUCUGUUAGCUGUUGUGGUUAUACUUAAACUUAAAAAUCAAUAUGUCAUUUGCCCUGGAGUGCCCAAACUUUUGCAUAAAUCUCAAUGACUGUAGCAAUAGGCUGUUAGGCAGCAGCUCCCCCUGACCUGGCCUCAGUGAUGUCCCACAAGGUGGCAGCACUUUCCAUGCUACUGAUCCUCAUCAUGGGUGUGGUUGAGCACUUUUGGGUCACAGGUGGAGAGCCAUGACACCCGCUGCCCUCCGAGGCACGGCUAUUUGUUUCCAUGGUUGUCCCUUCGAUUCUUGAUUUAAAACUGGGACGAGACACAGCAACGUGAACAUAUCACCCGAUAUCUUGUCGCCGUCUUUAUGUCAACAAACACCGGGCUUCAGAGCAGCAUGCCAAAUACUGUACAACUUUGAAGAUGAAGAAGGAAUGGUCUCAGGGGACAGAAGCCCACUGUGAAUGAGGCAGGGGACCCCAUGAACAAAAAUCUCUAAGCCCAGACAGACAGUGCAAACACAAGUUGUGGCAGGCCGGUAGAUGAUGAAGUGAUGGAGAUGUUAGGAGGCCACAGCCAUUGUGAUGCUGGGUGGCUGUUACUCUGGAACUGCCAUCUGCUGAAAAGGGUGCUGUGUAAUGACAUCCUCAGCCUGAAGGUGGCAGGAGAUCCAGUGCUAACCCCUAACUCAGUGUGCCUGAGGCUGGCGGGCCUCAGUAAGCGUCAGAUGCGGAUGUGUGUGCGCAGCCCCGACGUGACCGCAUCUGCUCUACAGGGCAUCCAGGUGGCCAUCCACGAGUGCCAGCACCAGUUCCGGGACCAGCGCUGGAACUGCUCCUCACUGGAGGGCCUUGGCAAGCUGCCCCACCACAACACCAUCCUCAACAGGGGUUACCGCGAGAGUGCCUUCUCCCUGGCCUUAUUGGCGGCGGGUGUGGCUCACUCUGUGGCCUCGGCCUGCAGCAUGGGCAAACUGCGGGGGUGUGGCUGUGAGGCCAAGCGUCGCCAGGACGAUGACAAGAUUCGGCUGAAACUCACACAGCUGCAGCUGCAGACCCUGCAGAAGGGUGGGGUAGGCAUGGGCAUGGCACGGUCCUUACCCCUGGAGUUAAACGGUCGCCAUGGUGACCUGCCCGCUAACCUGCGCUCCACCCACCCCUCUGCCCUGCUCAAGCCUUUACCAGACGAGCUGAGCUCCAUGCAGGAGACCUGGGAGUGGGGGGGCUGCAGUCAUGACGUCCGUUUUGGGGAACGUUUCUCCAGGGACUGGCUCGACUCCCGCGGGUCUCCAAGAGAUAUCCACGCUCGCAUGAGGAUACAUAACAACCGGGUGGGACGACAGACAGUGACUGACAACAUGAAGAGGAAAUGCAAAUGUCAUGGCACAUCAGGGAGCUGUCAGUUUAAGACCUGCUGGCAUGUGUCUCCAGAAUUCCGGUUUGUGGGUUCUAUACUCAAGGAAAAGUUCCUGUCAGCCAUAUUUGUCAACUCCCAGAACAAGAACAAUGGGGUUUUCAACCCUCGAACAGGAAACGGCGCCAGCGGGAGCAUGGGGGCACUGAAUGGAGGCCGCCGCCGCAGCAUGUCCAGAGAGCUGGUGUAUUUUGAAAAGUCCCCUGACUUCUGCGAGCGUGACCCCUCAAUAGACUCUCCAGGUACACAUGGACGCAUCUGCAACAAAACCAGCCACAGCACAGACAGCUGCAGCUCGCUGUGCUGCGGCCGUGGACACAACAUCCUGAAACAGACGCGCAGCGAGCGCUGCAACUGCCGAUUUCACUGGUGCUGCUACGUGCUGUGCGAGGAGUGCCGUCUCACAGAGUGGGUCAACGUGUGCAAGUAGAUUCCAGCCCCCCCCACCCCCGGUCCCAGCUGCCUUUCCCCAUCCAGGACUCAAGAUGGCGAGCCUGUCCCUUCACCCACUCCUGUUGUCUGAGUGUUUGUUUUGCUCUUUGUGUAACUCUUCCAGAGAAUCUGUUUAUCCCCCCCUUUUCCUUUUUUUUUUUUUUUUUGGGUCCAUCAUCUGGGAUCUAUUUUCUCUUUGUAGCCGCUGUUAUUCUCAAAAUGCCAAGUCAGAGAUUGAAGAGGUGACUCAUGUCAUUUGUCUUGCCAUGGUCUGUUUAGACGCUGCCCUCUCAGCCAUGAAAACGGCCUAUACCCCAUCUUUUCUAUCCCACAAAACAAAGACAAGCAAACAUCAGAAAAGCAUUUCUGUCUCAGCUUCUACAUGCUGACUCAUCUCGUUGUACAGUAGCUGUGUAUUUUAAUGUGUACAUGUAUAUUUGUAAAUGUAUUAUUAUUAAUAUUAUUAUUGUGUUGGCACCUGUCUUUUUGGUUCUAGUUAACGAUGCUGGCCGAGUGGCUCAGGAUGUUGAACCAGUGCUGUUAGACCACAAAGUCUCAUUUCAGUUUAUCUGUUUAUCACCUGUGACUCAGACAGAACGACGAUACUUAUUUGGGAGUCAGCCUCAAAAUCUUUCUAGAUGAGGGUUUUUACGAAUAGGACAAGACAAGACAGAAAAGUGUUUUUGUGGCGCACCAGUAUAUUUGACAGAAAGCUUUCUCACAGUAGCAACAAGUCAGAAAGCACAUGCUGGACUUUUAUAAGCUUAUCAAAGCUUGUAUACUUGUAAAACUCAAAAUGGGAAAGUUGAUACAUCAGUUUUAGAAACAGGUUCAGUUCUUCAAUCUAUUACACUGAAUAACUUAUCAUUUAAAUUUAUUUAUAUCGUUGUAAAAAUAGUGAUUACUUCAUGGGAGUGGUCACUAGUGGCCAUGUUUUUUUCUGAAUUCAUAUCAGUAUUAUGACAGAAAUAUGCUUCCUCUUGGUAUAACUGUUAUGUGAUGUCUGUCACUUUCCUAUGGAAUCAUGACUGAGGUCUUGUUAUUCUGUGCUUGCUUUUGUCUGUUUCAUCAGUCUGAGCACUCCUUAGAUUCUUCCCACAUGUAGUACAUGUCAAAGUGAGAGAUGGACCUGCUUUAGUCUUGAACCGACGUUGAAGGGUGUGUGUAUGUUGGAGUGUGUGUGUCUGUUGCUGUGUAAAUGGGGGGUAAGCUCUACGCACUACAGAUUUGGGAGGUGCGAGCCUUUUUUAUGGCCACUCCAUGCUGAGAGAAGGACUUUUUAUGGCCGCAGGAUAUUGUUUCCUUAAAGUAUGACUUUUAUUACUGGAGAGAAGCAUCAAGAGAGCAGAGAGUGGGGGUGAUUAUACCAGUCUUUGCUGCGUGAGCAUCUGAGGGGAUCAUCUGUCCAGAGUUCAUAGCCAAGGAAGGGACUCGCUGAACCACGUGCUGCUGGGACGCUGUGUCCCUGUUACCUGGGAGACAGACUACACAAACAUAAACACACGCAUGGUUUUAUGUACAAAGACACUUACAUGUAGAAAUACCGGCACUGAUGCACAGUACAAAAACAUGCAUUGCUGGUGCGCACACAUGAACUGUCAGAACUCCUGGUGACCCGAGUGAUUUGCACUCUCAUUCUAGUUAGACUGCAGAUUUAGCAAAGCGCUAAUGUCGACACCUGACUGGAUUUAUGACAGCAGCAUUCCUAGAUACCUUAGAUGAUCCAAACCGUCUUCAUGCACAGUCUACCAGGAAAACUUUUCCUGCUAUAUGGGCUUUAAUACCAAUUAAGUCUUGUUUGUAUGGACUUUGGUAAAUAUCCCUUGACUCCUGAGGAAUGGCGGUGCCAGUGGCUGAAUCAACUGUUCUGUCUGUUUGGUAUUUAGUGAGGGAAUAAAAAGGAGACAGCGACUGGUUGGGAAUGAUAAGGGACUGGAUUUCUGGUUUGCAUUUCUUCAUUCCUUUAUCAUUUCACCCUGGAGCUGCUGCAAAAGGGAA